AAAAAAAAAACAAUAAUCCUUUUCUUUCUUUCUUUCUCUUAUUUUUAAGUGUGUCUGUGUAUCUGUGUCUAUCAUAUAAAAAUACACACAAAUGCUAUAAAAAAAAGUGAGAUAAAUUUUCAUAGCUAGAGAGUAAAUGAGAGAGACCAAGAGAGGAGAGAGAGAGGUGGUGUGUGUUGCGUGAUUGUGAGAGCUGACUGCAAGUCCGGAGCGUGUGUGUAUGUUGUGUUGUAUUAAAAAAAAAUAAUAAUAAUAUUAUUAUUUAAACAAUAACAAUUUAUUUAAUAAUUAAUAAUAAAUACACAAUUAAAUAAAAUUAAUACCUCUUAAUUAAAAUAUCAAUAUAAUAUUUUAAUAUAAAUAUUGUACAAGCGAAAUCCACAAACACCCAACAACCAAAAGAAAAAAUAAAAAAAAAAAAAAAGAAAAAAAGAAAACGAAGCAAAAAAGUGAAAAUAAAAAAUAAAUUUUUGAUACGUGUGCAAACCAGUGAAUAAAAAUUAUUUAUAAUUAAAUUAAAUUAAAUUAUUUAUAUUUAAAAAAGACGCUUAAUUGUUAUAAACAAAAAAAAAAAUAAAUAAAUAAAAACUAAUUAGUUUGAUUAGUGUUGCUGUAAAAAUGUCAUCGUAUAUUCAGGUUGCUGAAGAUGAGGGUGAGGAGCCAAUUGAACUACCAACUGAAGAUGAUAGUACAUUAUUAUUGACAACUCUUGCUGCACAAUUUCCUGGUACUUGUGGAUUAAAAUAUCGUAAUCCAGAAUCAAGAACAAUGCGGGGCGUACGUCUCGUUGAUGGUCGUCUUCAUCCGCCAGAGAAUGGCUGGGGUAAAGCUGUCUAUUUCUGCGUUUUUCCAAAAGAAAAUAAACGUAAAUCUGAUGAUAAUUUAGAAAAUUCAACAGCUAAAACUAAAAGAAUGGAAACAAAAUUACGUUGUACUGAUUUAAUUGUUCUUGGUUUACCUUGGAAAACAACUGAACAAAAUUUACGUGAAUAUUUUGAGACAUUUGGCGAAGUUUUAAUGGCACAGGUAAAAAAAGAUGCCAAGUCAGGACAAAGUAAAGGUUUUGGAUUUAUAAGAUUUGCUCUUUAUGAAUCACAAUUAAGAUGUUUGGCACAAAGACACAUGAUUGAUGGACGAUGGUGUGAUGUUAAAGUUCCCAACAGCAAGAAUAUUGAUGGAAUGAUGAUGGCGCGUCAAUUUGAUACUGGUAAAAACAACGAGUGUUAUCGUCCAAUACCUGUACAUACACCAAGUAAUCGUCGUCUAACUGCUGUCAAGCCAUUUUUAACAACAAAUAAUGAUUCAUCAGGAGCACCACGUUAUGAACAAGAUUAUGAUUAUAAAACAACAAGUUAUCCAUCAUAUCCACCAAAUUAUCCAUAUGAUAAUCAAGUUCAACAAUCACAACAACAUCAACAACACCAUCAACAUCAACAACACCAACAUCAACAACAAUUAUCAUCUGGAUUACAACAAUAUGGUAGUGGUUAUGAUAAACAAUCUUAUUCAUCAUCAUACGAUGAUGGUAAUUAUGAAUCAUCAAGAAAUGGUGGUGGUGGUGGUGGUUAUAUCCAGCCAUUGUCAACAGCUCCAACAAGUUAUCAGUCUGAUGCUGAAUACUCUAGAUAUCCUGGUUAUGAAGGAAGCAGUGGUGGUGGUAGUGGAAAUGGUGGAGGAGGUGGAGGAGGACGUCAAUAUAUUGGACAAGAUAAUUCUGAUCAUGAAAAAGGAAGAUACGGUGGUGGUGGUGGUGGAGGUUAUAAUUUUGAUAGAUCAUCAUAUUAUGAAACAGAUGGUAGGUAUGCAACUGAUGGUGGAAGACAUGAUGUUAGUGGAGCUAUAACAACAAGUAGAUAUACUGAUGGACGUCAUCAGGAUAAUAGAAGUACUUGUGAUAAUCGUGAUGGUAAUGAUUCAAGAUAUACCAUUGAUAAUAGAGAAGACAGACGUUAUAAUGAUGGACGUGAUGAUGAUUCACGAUAUGAUAAUGAACAUGAUUCUGAUAAUAGAUACAAUGAUACACGUAAUAAUGAUUCAAGAUAUCAAACUAAAGAAAAUUAUUAUGAUCGUUAUUAUAAACGACGACCAUCUAGAGAUCAUCAUGCAUCUGAAAGUUCAAGAUAUUGAUGAUAAAUUAUUUUAUUUUAAAUGCCUUUUUUCUUUAAUAAUAUUUAUCAAUUUUAAUAAUUAAAUUAUUUCGGGAUUAUUUUAUUGUUUUAUCGUGUUCUUUUUUUUAUUGUUGGAUUGUUCUUCCAAUUAAUUGUAUAUUUAAUACUCAAAAACAUUGGUAAUGAAUUUUAUAAAUUUAAACUAAUUAAAUGCAUUUAAUAUGUAGCAAAAAAAAUAUAUUUAUAUUUCAUGAGUAUUUUAAUAUAUCGCGGUUUUUAUUUUGUCAAUAUUUGUGGUUUUUUUUAAAAACAAAAUAAUAAGUGAAUUAGUAAAAUUAAUAGUGAUGAAUUUAUUCAAUUGAAUUUUUUAAUUUUUAACAAUACUGACUGUUUCAUAAAAAUAGAUAAUAUAAUUUUGUUUUUUUUUUUGCAUUUAAAUAAACAAUUUUUAAAUGAAUUUUUUAUAAAUUAAAUACGACCAAAUUGUAUUGUAUGUUUUAUUGUGUAAAUGUAAAAUAUGAUGAUACAUUAUUGCUGUUUUACAAGAAGAUGGAAAAACAAAAUAAAUAAUUAGAAAAAAAAAAUGAAUAAAAUUA